GUUCGUUAUUGUCGACCAUAUCAAGAUAUAUAUGAAAUAGUCAAAAUCCUACAAUCGAUUGGUUUAAAGCAAAAAUAAUUCAGUUAAAACUAGUUUAAGAUAUUUUUCUAACAAAAUAUAGUUAAAAUUAUUUUUCGGCUGAUUAGAGGUACCUCGACCGUAUACGGUCCAGUAAGUAGUUUAUGUGGCGGUAUUGUCAGCCAUAUUGUCUCUGAGACAGCAGAAAUCACACUCAAGAGACGAGUACACAGCAGAGGGAAAGGAAGGAACUUUGUUAAAAGUCAGAUUUGUUGAUAAGAUUUGGGAUCACGACUUACUCCACAAGCUGUCCCAAGGCACCUCCAGUGGCCCCUUGCCCACAGCCGAGGCCCCCCUUAAACCCCUUGCCCUGUCAGGAAGAGAUCUUACCCCCCCUCCUUCCCCUCCCUCCCUACCUCCCUCCCUCCCUCCCUUCCUCCUUCCUCAUCCAUCCUUUUCUGGUGUGGUAACAGCCUCCCCUUCCUCACCUCUGCCAAGCUGUGGGACAUGUCAGGACCCGUGCCUAGCCGGGCCCGCGUGUACACAGAGGUCAACACACACCGCCCCAGGGAGUACUGGGACUACGAGUCUCAUGUGGUGGAAUGGGGAAACCAAGACGACUUCCAGUUGGUGAGAAAACUGGGACGUGGGAAGUACAGUGAGGUCUUUGAAGCCAUCAACAUCACAAACAACGAGAAGGUGGUGGUGAAAAUACUCAAGCCUGUGAAGAAAAAGAAGAUCAAGCGUGAAAUCAAGAUACUGGAGAACCUGAGAGGAGGGCCCAACAUUAUCUCCCUCAUAGAUAUCGUUAAAGACCCAGUGUCCCGUACACCUGCCUUGGUCUUUGAACAUGUCAACAAUACUGACUUUAAGCAAUUGUACCAGACUCUAACGGACUACGACAUUCGAUUCUACAUGUACGAAAUCCUCAAGGCCCUCGAUUACUGCCACAGCAUGGGGAUUAUGCACAGGGACGUGAAACCGCACAACGUGAUGAUUGAUCACGAACACCGCAAGCUGCGCCUUAUUGACUGGGGUCUGGCUGAGUUUUACCAUCCAGGACAGGAGUACAAUGUCAGGGUGGCAUCCCGCUACUUCAAAGGACCCGAGCUGCUAGUCGACUACCAGAUGUAUGACUACAGUCUGGAUAUGUGGAGUCUGGGCUGCAUGCUGGCCAGCAUGAUUUUCAGGAAAGAGCCUUUUUUCCACGGCCAUGAUAACUAUGACCAGUUGGUGAGGAUAGCCAAGGUGCUGGGGACUGAAGACCUGUAUGACUACAUUGACAAGUACAACAUUGAGCUGGAACCCCGCUUCAAUGACAUCCUGGGAAGGCACUCUCGUAAGCGGUGGGAGAGGUUUGUCCACAGCGAGAACCAGCACCUGGUGAGCCCCGAGGCGCUGGACUUCCUGGACAAACUGCUGCGCUACGACCACCAGGCCCGUCUGACAGCCCGCGAGGCCAUGGAGCACACCUACUUCUAUCCUAUUGUGAAAGACCAGUCUCGAAUGGCGGGUUCAACUAACCUGCCCAGUGGGAAUACAGCUGUGAGCACAGCCGGCAUGAUCACUGGAAUCUCUGCCCUGCCGGCGUCUACUGCCCUGGGCGCCCUGACUGGCUCACCUGUCCUCUCUGCUGCCACCACUGCCAUGAGCACCCCCAUGCCCGCCGCUGCUAGUGUACCCCAGUAAUGGAUGGCUCCUCCUACUUCCUGGGGGGAGGGGGGAACCGACGGGUGCCAUUCUGCCAGUCCAAGUCACCUGAACGUAUUCACCGUCUGACUGUUCCUCUUCUCUGUACCCAGAAUGAACGUGUUCAACCUGACAUUUGAAAUGAAUGUUCUGUCUGUGUAGUGAAAACAUACAGGUAUUCCUUUCAUUUUGACAACAUGAUAGUAGCAAGCUAACUAAUGUGUGUGUGUGUGUGUGUGCAUAUGUUCACUGUCUAAAAAUUAGUGAUGGACAUUUGUCUGUACAAUAUAUUCCAAAUACACUGGUUACACAGAACAGUUAGCAGAAAGCAAAAGGAAGGGGGUGAGUAGGACCAAACGGAGCACAUUGUGUCAUUUGCUAAUUGACAAAAGCUAAAUACUUGGCAAGAACACCUGUAAGCAAUUCUCAAACUCAGUCUAAAACUGUAACCACCCCACCACCUCACAAAGCUUUCUUAUGUGGUACACAGAAGGGUUUUGGUGCUGUUCCCUGCUCCAGGUGAGUACUCUGAAGCCUCCACACUGCAUAUUCUAAAGGACACUUUUUGCCUGAAUAAUUUUGACUUGCCUUUCUCUUAGACUAGAUACCAGGCCUUCCCCUCAUCGUUUUUUUUUUUGUACUGAAAUGCUGUAGAGUGCUGAAAGAGGUUUAGUUUCGUGUUGAAAUGGUCCUGAUGAUGCAUUGUCCUUUUGAUUACAAAUGUAUCCAUUCAGGGUUAUUAUCUUUUUUCCUUCAUACUUGCUGCUUUCCAGUUUCUUGAAUUACUUCAAGUCAUAACCAAAGCUUACUCAAUCUUGUAAAGAGGAGACUUACCAAACAUACAAAGUUCUGUGAGGGGAGAAAGAGUUACUCUUGAAAAUGCAUAAUGUGAGCUGAAUACUGAUUUGUGGAGAAAAAAAAUAGGUUGUGUAAAAUAUAAACAGAUUAUAAUUGCACCGGAGUUGAUUGAAAUGUUUCUGUACUUGCGUUUGAGGAAAGUAAGAUGUUUUUCCUUUUUUUGUGUUUAGUUUGUUUCAGGAUGUAGGGCUUGUGCUUGAUCGCCUAUGCUUAGAGGUGGAAAAAAGUGUUAGAAGGGUUGAAUUUUCCCAGUGUUUUAGUGCCAGAGAUGGAAGGCUUGUGAGUGAAGACUGCUGUACAUAUGCAUCUUUUUUCCAUUGGAAAUUUCUCAACAUGCAAUGAGUACAAUACAUGCAAAACCAACUUGAUUAUAAAGUAUGAGUCCUUACAUCACUGUAUAUAUUUUUAUGUCCCCAUGUAGAAGACUAGUAUUUGAAAAGUUGUGUAAAUAAACAUGUUUUAUUUAUCAAAUGUCUCAAAA